UCUGAUACAGAUGCUGAUCGACAGCUGCACUUCUCCCGUCCAAUCAGCGCUUACGUUGCUUUGUUGUUGUACGUGUGCUGACAGCGGAACUGAACAAUCGACAGGCUGUCUGCUAGAAACCAACACAACAAGAUGGAGGUGGAGCAGCUCCUGUCUCUGUCAGGCCCAGCACUGGCCCAGGCUGUCAGCUCUCUGCUGGAGACCCCAGGCCUCUACGUCUUCUCUGACAUCCUGGAGCUGCCUAAUGUCAGAGAGAUGGAGAAUGGCCCUCAUGCACCAAUGUACCAGCUCCUCAACCUCUUUGCCUAUGGAACCUACUGCGACUACAAAGAGAGAGCAGCCUCUCUUCCAGAGUUGACCCCCGCACAGAGGAACAAACUCCGCCAUCUGUCCAUCAUCAGCCUGGCAUCCAACCUCAAGUGCCUGCCAUACUCGCUGCUCUUGCAGCAGCUGGAGCUGAAGAAUGUGCGGGAGCUGGAGGACCUGCUGAUCGACGCCGUGUACUGUGACAUCAUCCAGGGCAAACUGGACCAGAGGAACCAGCAGGUGGAGGUAGACUGCAGCGUGGGUCGUGACCUCGGCCCCAAUGAGCUCCCAAACAUAGUCAACACACUGCAGGAGUGGUGCACAGGGUGUGAAGCGGUGCUGUGCGGUAUUGAGGAGCAGGUCUCGAGGGCAAACCAAUACAGAGAGAGCCAGUUAAAGGUCAAAGUCCAAGUGGAAACAGAGGUCUCAAACCUACAGAAAACGUUAAAGGCCAGCGCCGCCUCCCCGUCAUCAGGCCCCGCCCCUGCUGGAGCCGCCUCCAACCAGGACGCAGACCAGCCUGCAGAGCCACGAGACCCCGCUUCCUCUCAGGAACCACGACAACCAGGCAAAAAGAGUUCAAAGGUGAAAGGGCUGCGUGGCAGUGGGAAGAUCUGGUCCAAGUCCAACUGAAGACAAGAGACUAAGAUGUGGAGACGGGGGGACUGAUGGACACUCUCACUGAUAAACGAACGGACACAUGGACAUGGUGACGGACAAACGGAUGUUCACGGACACACUCGACACAAUAAAACCAGGAAGCUUCAUGGGAACUUUUCUUGUCACCAAAUCUCACCUUGACAUAUUCAGAAACACACGCCGGUUGAUGGAAAACGACAGGUGUGACAUCCACUCUUGCAGUUGUUAAUAGCCUAACUGGCGGACUGUUAGUGUAUACACACACACACACACACACACACACACACACACACACACACACACACACACACACACACACAACACACGGAGUGUAUUUGAUGUGUAUGUGUGCAUCUUUAUUGGUUUAAAAAUGUUCUUUUGGUUUAGAUGAAUGCGCGUUGUAUUUUUUUUUUCUCUGCUGAGUUGAGACAUGUAUAAAAUCAGAAUAUAAAUUGUCGGGAAAUAAAACGAAGCCCUGUACCCUAA